AUGGGGAUGAAACGUGGACGAGAAAGCCGAAAUCUGGCUAAAAAAGCGGCCAAAAAGCAGAGGCUAGAAGAAAAUACGGAUCAGGAUGGCGACGCAAUUGUUGGACUUGAUGAUCUGGACUGGCAGACUGUUCAGUUGCCAGAUCGGUUGGAUGACAUGGGUGGAUUUUUUGGAUUGGAAGAGAUCGAUGGAGUGGAUAUAAUUCGGCCGGAGUCUAGUGGUCAGAUUAAAUUCAAGGUCGCAGCAGAUAAACCGACGAAAUCGAUACUCAAGAAAACCAAGACCACCAACGAGACCCCGAAUGAAAAUACUGAAGAAUGGUCCGGUUUUAGUGAUGCAGAGAAACAGGAAGUAAAGUCUCAUAAAAAGCAGAAACAGAACAAGAAAUCGGAACAACAGAAGGAAAAAAGUACUACGGAUGAGAAGAAGCCAGCGGCCACGAAACAACAGCAACAGCCUAAAAUCAAAGCAGAUAAAUCGAGCGAGAAAAUACAGUCUUUACCGUUCACGGCACUCGAAGAAGAAGAGGAGGAAGAUGAGAUAGAUGUCUCCGCAUGGGAGGCAUUAGGAUUAUCUCCGGCACUGCAGACCGGUAUCUCCAAACUCAAGUUCUCGACGCCUAGUACGAUUCAACAAGCCGUCAUACCCGAAGUUCUUGCCGGUCACGAUGUGGUCGGCAAAGCAUCAACGGGAUCUGGAAAAACUUUAGCGUUCGGCAUCCCGAUUCUCGAAUACUACCUUAAUACCAAGGGGCAGCGUGACACUUCGAAAGAGAACAAAAAGAAGAAAAAGAAGGAGUCUCAACCCAUAGCAUUGAUCUUGUCCCCGACGAGAGAACUGGCUCAUCAACUGGCGAAACAUAUCGGGGCACUCAAUACACACACUCCUGCAGCAAAUGCAAGAAUUGCGCUUCUUACUGGUGGCUUGGCGAUUCAGAAACAACAGCGACUGUUGAACGAUGCUGAUAUUGUCAUUGGUACACCAGGCCGAGUGUGGGAGAUUCUCAGUUCGGGAACUGGUCUUAUCCAGAGAAUGUCGGGGGUUAAAUACCUGGUCCUCGACGAAGCUGAUCGGCUGCUUAGUGAUGGGCACUACAAAGAAUUGGAGGAAAUCUUAGAUGCUCUCGAUCGUAAAGAAGACAAUGAUGAAGCCGACGAGAACUCUUCUAAUUCAGAGGAGGAAGAUGAACAGAAAGCGGAAGCUUCAGCUGCGAGACAAACACUCGUCUUUUCGGCAACAUUCCAUAAAGGGCUGCAACAGAAGCUGAGCGGGAAGGGGAAGUUCAUGAGCAGUGACUUGAUGAACAAAACGGAAUCGAUGGAGUAUCUUUUACAGAAGCUCAAGUUUCGUGAGGAGAAGCCGAAGUUUAUUGAUGUCAACCCGAUUUCUCAGAUGGCUCAGGGCUUGAAAGAGGGAAUUUUAGAGUGUGGUGCCAUGGAGAAGGAUCUCUAUCUCUACACCUUACUACUCUACCAUCCUGGCCAUCGUUGUCUGCUAUUCGCAAAUUCUAUAUCGUCUGUUCGCCGAUUAUCACAAUUGCUACAAAACCUGGGCAUUCCGGCGUUAGCUCUACACUCAACUAUGGAACAGAAAGCGCGUCUACGAUCUGUAGAAAGAUUCUCGUCUCCCGACGCUGAUCCCAGCUCGGUGUUAGUCGCUACAGAUGUUGCAGCGCGUGGUCUCGAUAUCAAGGGGAUUGAUAUGGUUAUUCAUUACCAUGUUCCUCGAACUGCGGACAUGUAUGUCCAUCGAUCCGGCCGAACCGCUCGCGCAGGGGCGUCUGGUAAGAGUGUCUUGAUAUGUGCACCUGAUGAGGUCGUCGGCGUUGCGCGUCUCGUCGCCAAAGUUCACGCACAAGCUGAAGCCGGUGCAUCUACGAAACGAAAUCCACUCGAGUCGCUCGAACUUGAUCGCCGGGUUAUCUCACGUGUCAAGCCUCGCAUAACACUCGCCAAAAAGAUCACGGAAUCAAACUUGGCCAAAGAAAAGAUUUCAUCAGAAGACAAUUGGUUACGCAAUGCAGCGGAGGAAUUAGGCGUCGACUACGACAGUGAAGAGUUUGAGAAGCAAGGCGGCAAGGCUAAAGGGCGCGGUCGCGGUGGCGGUCGUUCGCAAAAGGAGAAGGAAGCCAGUAGCAUCACCAAGGGAGAAUUAGCAGGUUUACGGGCAGAGCUCAAGCAGCUUUUGUCGAAGCGAAUCAAUAUCGGCAUAAGUGAGCGAUAUAUAACGGCGGGACGCGUCGAUGUCGAGUCACUGUUGCGCGGUGAAGGAAAUAAUAAGGCUUUCAUCGGCUUGGUGGACAAGUUGGAGUUUUAG